UAAUGAAAAUGGGAAGAAAAUUAGACAGCCCUCUACUUAAACUUCUUGGAAAAACAUUUGUAAAAAUGGAAGAAAAAUUAUCCAUGGUUGAUGACGAAACAAAACAUGAUACUCCAGCUGUUGACGGAAAAAAUGAAAAGGAAAAAGAAACUGACCAGUUUGCCGAAAAAUUAGACAACGUAAUUAAGGAAAUAUGUCUCUUACAUCCGUGUGGCAAAUGGAGUGAUUGGGAAGACUGUGACGCAAAAAAGAAUGGAACAUUUGGUUCUCAAACUCGAACAAGAAAAUGUGGAUAUAAUUCCACUCUUUGUAUAAGCAACAGUGAGACCAGCUGGAUAGAGAAAGAUAUCAGACUAUGUGAAUACUCUCCUUGGUGUCCAUCCGACUACAAACUGACAGAGGACGACUACUGUGUCAAACUGUAUGCUGACCAGAAGAAAACUUGGCAGAAUGCACAGAAGACAUGUUCAGAAGAUGGUGGACAUUUGAUUAGUAUACAUUCUGACAGUAAAUCAAGGAUUGUAGAAGCAAUUCUUGAAAGUAUGAAUGUUGACGAUAUCUGGAUUGAUGGAAUAAAGAAGUCGAGUGAUGGAGAUUGGGAAUUCUUGAACAAGUUUGCUUAUAGAAAUUGGUAUAAAGAUCAGCCAGAUGGUACUAUUAUUCCACAGUGUAUUAAUCUCUACAAAUUUGGAAAGUGGAUAUGGCUUGAUGAUCCAUGUUCAGAAAAGUACUAUUACAUGAGCGAAAUUUUAGCCAGCACAUAG